AAAUCCCACUUUAAGGCCGCCCUGGAAGCCUAAGGGCACCUUCCUCUUUGCUCUGUGUGUGCGCGCGCGCGCGUGUGUGUGUGUGUAUGUGUGUGUGGGGUGUGUGUGUGUGUCUAGCUCUCGCUCUUUCCCUCGGUCUGCGCCUCUGUGUGUGUGUGUGAGUGUGUGUGUGCCAGAGAGAGGGAGAGAGAGCGCGCGAGAGGAGAGCGAGAAAGAGCGAGCGAGCGAGCGAGCUGCGAGCUGUGCAGCCGCCGCUGCUGCCCUUUGAUCCCGACAUUAGUGUUAGGGGCUCGGAGACACCGCGCGCGGCCAUGGACACCGCCGCACCGGCGCGCAUUAUUUAUCCCUCCCAGCACACGCGAGCGGAGCACACACACACGCACACCUAUCCGCUCCGCUUCCAUUGAAGAAUAUUACGCUCGGGGACAAGCCAGGUGCACGACCAAAAAAUUAAAAAAAAAAAAAAAGGAAAAAAAGAAAGGAAAGCAAAGAAGAAAACCCCUCUUCGGGCUCCAGGAAACCAGCUCCAGCCCUUUUGCACACACCGGAGAGAGGGGGUUUCCCCCUGCGCGCCCGCCCGCCCCCCAACUACCUCCCCGCUCCUGCCAGUGUCUGCCUCGCUGCCCCCUCGGGGGUUUAUUUGAUCUCCCAUUAACCAAGGAGGAGAAUGUGAGAAAAGGGGAAAAUGCCCAGGAGGAAGCAGGAGCAGCCCAAGCGCCUUCCCUCACAUGUUAGUAGGCAGGACGAGGCGGAGGGCGAACUCAGCGAAGGCGAGCACUGGUAUGAGAACUCUUCCGAGACUCCCUCCGAGGCGUCCUAUGGAGAAGUCCAGGAGAACUAUAAGCUGUCUCUGGAGGACCGGAUCCAGGAGCAGUCCACCUCCCCCGACACCUCCUUGGGGAGCGCCACCCCCAGCAGCCACACGCUGGAGCUGGUGGCCCUCGACGGCGAGGUCCUGCGAGACUCCCUGCCCGCUCAGGACCACCUCUCUCCCGGCGUGUCUUCUCUGUGUGACGAGGACGCCCCCGGCUCCACCAAGCCCCUGAGCAGCAACCUGCGGCGGCUGCUGGAGGCCGGCUCCCUCAAGCUCGAGGCCGCGGCCACGGCCAACGGCAGGGUGGAGUCUCCGGUCAAUGUCGGCUCGAACCUCUCCUUCUCCCCGCCCUCCCACCAUGCCCAGCAGCUCAGUGUCCUUGCCAGGAAGCUGGCAGAGAAGCAGGAACAGAAUGACCAGUACACUCCAAGUAACCGUUUUCUCUGGAAUCAAGGUAAGUGGUUGCCAAACUCAACCACCACCUGCGGCCUGUCCCCGGAUUCCGCCAUCCUCAAACUGAAAGCUGCAGCCAAUGCUGUCCUGCAGGACAAAUCUCUCUCCAGGACUGAGGACACCAUGCGAUUUGAGUCCUUUUCCUCCCCUUUUAGCUCCCAGUCUGCCAGUUCCACCCUGGCAGCUUUGUCCAAGAAGGUCAGUGAGAGAAGCCUGAUGCCUGGCCAGGAGCACCCGCCCCCGGCCAGCUCCUUCCUCUCCCUGGCCUCCAUGACCUCCUCGGCCGCCCUCCUGAAGGAGGUGGCCGCCAGGGCAGCUGGCAGUCUGCUGGCGGAGAAGUCGGCCCUGGUGCCUGAGGACCCGCUGCCGCCACAGCCUUCGGAGAAGAAGCCGGAGAAGGUCACCCCGCCGCCGCCGGCACCCCCACCGCCCCCACCGCCACCACCACAGUCCCUGGAGCUAUUGUUACUCCCGGUUCCUAAGGGGAGAGUCUCUAAACCCUCCAACGCAGCCUCAGAAGAAGAAAGUGGAAAGCCUUUCCAGUGUCCAAUAUGUGGUUUGGUUAUAAAAAGGAAGAGUUACUGGAAGCGGCACAUGGUGAUUCACACAGGUUUAAAAAGUCAUCAGUGUCCGCUCUGUCCAUUCCGGUGUGCUCGCAAGGACAAUCUCAAAUCCCACAUGAAGGUUCAUCAGCACCAGGACCGGGGAGAGACCUUUCAGUGCCAGCUAUGCCCUUUCACUUCCUCACGCCACUUCAGCCUGAAACUCCACAUGCGUUGCCAUCAGCACUUCCUGAGGACAGAAGCCAAGGUGAAGGAGGAGGUCCCAGACCCAGAUGUCAAGGGAUCUCCCCACCUCAGUGACAGUGCCUGCCUGGGGCAGCAAAGGGAAGGAGGAGGGACAGAGCUAGUGGGGACCAUGAUGACAUCCAGCACUCCAGAGAGGACUAGCCAGGGUGGGGCUGGCGUCUCGCCUUUGCUGUUGAAGGAGGAACCCAAGGAAGAGAACGGCCUGGCCACCUCCUUUCCUCUGGAUGCUGCUGACAGGCCGGCCAACCACACAAAGCUGAAAGACCCUUCCGAGUAUGUGGCCAACAGUGCGUCAGCAUUGUUCAGCCAGGACAUCUCUGUUAAGAUGGCGUCUGAUUUUCUCAUGAAGCUGUCAGCUGCAAAUCAGAAGGAGCCCAUGACUCUUAAUUUUAAAGUGAAAGAGGAACCUAAGGAAGAAGAGACCCUCGGUGCCCCCCUGCCCCGGCCCAGCUACGUGUUCAGCCCGGAAGCCGAGGUGCCAGCCCCGGGCAUCUCUGAGGACACCCUCAAGUCCCAGGAGGCGAAGGGGAACGCGCUCAGGCGGGACAUGUCUGUCAAAGCCGCGUCGGAACUGCUCAUAAAACUAUCAGCGGAGAGCUACAAGGAGACUCAGAUGGUGAAGAUUAAAGAGGAGCCCAUGGAGGUCGACAUGCAGGACUCACAUGUCUCCAUGUCACCCAGCCGGAAUGUGGGCUACAGCACUUUAAUCGGGAGAGAGAAAACCGAACCCUUGCAGAAGAUGCCAGAGGGCAGAGUGCCCCCAGAGAGGAACCUCUUCAGUCAAGACAUCUCUGUGAAGAUGGCUUCUGAGCUCCUCUUUCAACUGUCAGAAAAAGUGAGCAAAGAGCACAAUCACACAAAAGAAAACACCAUCCGGACGACCACCAGCCCUUUCUUUUCAGAAGAUACGUUUAGACAAUCACCAUUCACCUCCAAUUCAAAAGACUUGCUGUCCAGCGACUCCGUGCUUCCCGGAAGAAUAUCAACUCCAGAAACAGAAAAGAUAGUGCUAGAGGCAGGAAAUGGGUUGCCCUCCUGGAAAUUCAAUGACCAGCUCUUCCCCUGUGACGUGUGUGGGAAAGUGUUUGGCCGCCAGCAGACCUUGUCGCGGCACCUGUCGCUGCACACAGAGGAAAGAAAAUACAAAUGCCACUUGUGCCCCUAUGCUGCUAAGUGCCGUGCUAACCUGAACCAGCACCUGACCGUCCACUCGGUGAAGCUGGUGAGUACGGACACCGAGGACAUCGUCAGCGCCGUCACCUCCGAAGGCAGUGACGGGAAGAAGCACCCGUAUUACUACAGCUGCCACGUGUGCGGAUUUGAGACCGAGCUCAAUGUCCAGUUUGUCAGCCACAUGUCGCUCCAUGUGGACAAGGAGCAGUGGAUGUUCUCCAUCUGUUGCACCGCCUGCGACUUCGUCACCAUGGAGGAAGCGGAGAUCAAGGCUCACAUCGGCACCAAACACACAGGGGAAGACAGGAAGACACCCAGCGAAUCAAAUAGCCCCUCUUCAUCAUCCCUCUCAGCUCUGAGUGAUUCCGCCAACAGCAAAGACGAUUCAGACAGUUCCCAGAAAAACAAGACUGGGAACAACCUGCUGGUCAUCUCUGUGGUGCCUGGGAGCCAGCCCUCCCUGAACAGCGAGGAGAAGCCAGAGAAAGGGUUCGAAUGCGUUUUUUGCAACUUUGUCUGCAAGACGAAGAAUAUGUUUGAGCGCCAUCUGCAGAUACACCUCAUCACCCGGAUGUUUGAGUGUGACGUGUGCCACAAGUUCAUGAAGACCCCCGAACAGCUGCUGGAGCAUAAGAAAUGCCACACUGUCCCCACCGGUGGGCUCAAGUGCCCAUUCUGCAUUUAUUCCACCAACCGCCCCGCUGCCAUGGAGUGCCACCUCAAGACCCACUACAAGAUGGAGUACAAGUGCCGGAUCUGCCAGACGGUGAAGGCCAACCAGCUGGAGCUGGAGACGCACACCCGGGAGCAUCGCCUGGGCAACCACUACAAGUGCGACCAGUGCGGCUACCUGUCCAAGACGGCCAACAAGCUCAUCGAGCACGUGCGGGUCCACACCGGGGAGCGGCCCUUCCACUGUGACCAGUGCAGCUACAGCUGCAAGCGCAAGGACAAUCUCAACCUGCACAAGAAGCUGAAGCACGCCCCCCGCCAGACCUUCAGCUGCGAAGAGUGCCUGUUCAAGACCACCCACCCCUUCGUCUUCAGCCGCCACGUCAAAAAGCACCAGAGCGGGGACGGUCCUGAGGAGGACAAGAAGGGCCCGUGUCCCGCCCCCCAGGACCCGGCCGUCCCCGGGGCCCCGCUUCUGGUGGUCGGGAGCCCCCGGAAUCUCUUGUCUCCCCUGUCGGUCAUGUCCGCCUCCCAGGCCCUGCAGACCGUGGCCCUGACCGCCGCGCACGGCAGCGGCGGCUCCGAGCCCAACCUGGCACUCAAGGCCUUGGCCUUCGACGGCUCCCCUUUGCGCUUCGACAAAUUCCGGAACUCGGAUUUUGCCCAUCUCAUUCCCUUGACAAUGUUGUACCCCAAGAACCACUUGGAUCUCACAUUCCACCCUCCCCGACCUCAGACUGCGCCUCCCAGCAUCCCCUCGCCCAAACACUCCUUCCUCGCCUAUCUCGGGCUAAGAGAAAGAGCAGAGACUGUCUGAGGGCAGCCGGGCUCUGUACCAAAAACAGACAGACA